UCCCCGCUUCCCUUUUCUUCGUCAGUCGGGCGCGUCCCCGGCGCUCGUGGAGCCGCUUCCCUCAAGCCCUGCCCGACGCUGCCCGAGCCGGGGCUCUCCGCGGCCCUCGGGACGGGGAAAAGGAGGACCCGCCUUAAGCCGCCCGAAUCCCUCGGCCUCCUCAAGGGGCCCGGCGGGGGGUGUCGCUGCGCCACCCCCCCUCUCAUGGCGGCCCCUCUGAAGAAGGGCCCCGGGGGCCUCAUCGGCCUCAUGAAGGACGCCUUCCAGCCCCACCACCACCACCUCGGCCCCCAUCAGCCCUGCACCGUGGACAAGAAGAUGGUUGAGAAGUGCUGGAAGCUGAUGGACAAGGUUGUGCGUUUAUGUCAGAACCCCAAGUUGGCCCUAAAGAACAGCCCUCCCUACAUUCUAGACCUCCUACCCGAUACCUACCAGCACCUGCGAACCAUCCUGUCCUGCUACGAGGGAAAGAUGGAGACUCUGGGGGAGAACGAAUACUUCCGGGUGUUCAUGGAAAACUUGAUGAAGAAGACAAAACAAACCAUCAGCCUCUUUAAGGAAGGAAAAGAAAGAAUGUAUGAAGAGAAUUCCCAGCCUAGGCGCAACCUGACCAAAUUGUCCCUGAUCUUCAGCCACAUGCUGGCAGAACUGAAAGGCAUCUUCCCAAAUGGACUCUUCCAAGGAGACACUUUCCGAAUCACGAAGGCCGAUGCAGCCGAGUUUUGGAGAAGAGCCUUCGAGGAGAAGACCAUUGUCCCAUGGAAAACCUUCCGCCAAGCCCUACAUGAAGUCCACCCCAUCAGUUCCGGAUUGGAAGCCAUGGCGUUGAAAUCCACCAUCGACCUGACAUGCAAUGAUUACAUUUCAGUGUUUGAAUUUGAUAUUUUCACCCGUCUGUUUCAGCCCUGGUCCUCUUUGCUCCGAAACUGGAAUAGCCUUGCGGUGACUCAUCCUGGCUACAUGGCAUUCCUCACCUACGAUGAAGUCAAAGCCCGGCUUCAGAAGUUCAUUCAUAAACCUGGAAGUUACAUUUUUCGUCUGAGUUGCACCCGACUUGGUCAGUGGGCUAUUGGCUACGUCACUGCAGAUGGAAACAUCCUCCAGACAAUUCCCCACAACAAACCUCUUUUUCAAGCACUGAUUGAUGGCUUCAGGGAAGGCUUUUACUUGUAUCCCGAUGGAAGAAAUCAGAACCCGGACCUGACCGGCCUGUGUGAACCCACACCCCAGGACCACAUUAAAGUCACCCAGGAGCAAUACGAACUCUACUGUGAGAUGGGCUCCACUUUCCAGCUCUGUAAAAUCUGUGCCGAAAACGACAAAGAUGUGAAGAUAGAACCCUGCGGGCACCUCAUGUGCACUUCUUGUCUCACGUCAUGGCAGGAAUCGGAGGGGCAGGGAUGCCCGUUCUGCCGGUGUGAAAUUAAAGGCACGGAGCCCAUUGUGGUGGACCCUUUUGAUCCCCGAGGAGGGGGAGGGCUUCUGAGGCAAGGGGCAGAAGGAGCCCCCUCUCCAAAUUAUGACGAUGACGAUGACAGAACGGAUGACUCACUCUUCCUGAUGAAAGAGCUGGCUGGUGCAAAGGUAGAGCGUCCUCCUUCUCCAUUCUCAAUGACUCCGCAGGCAGCACUUCCCCCAGUACCUCCACGGCUGGACCUUCUGCAGCAGCAGCAGCGGGUGUCCAACCCACCUGGAGCCUCAAGCCCAGGAACCACUUCCAAGGCUGCACCCGGUUCUCUCCACAAAGACAAACCUCUGCCGAUCCCACCAACUCACCGAGAUCUCCCGCCGCCUCCUCCACCGGACAGGCCCCACGCCAUCGGGGCAGAGUCUCGGUCCCAGAGACGACCCUUGCCUUGCACUCCAGGAGACGGUCCUUCCAGGGACAAGUUGCCCCCCGUGCCCUGUAACCGCCAGGGGGAGCUCUGGCCCUCCCGGCCCAUGUUGAAGGCCCCCACGGAAGCCUGGGCCAGCAGGGAGCUGAAGAACCGCCAUUCCCUCCCCUUCUCGCUGCCUUCUCAGAUGGAUGCCAGGGUGGAGCCUCACCGGCUGGGCAGUACGCUCAGCCUGGACACUCCAGUGAAUCAACUCGGGCUUCCCGCUGGCUUAGACGGCGAGCAUGCUAAGAUCAAACCAUCUUCUUCUGCCAAUGCCAUCUACUCUCUCUCUGUAAGGUCAUUGGUUGCCCCGAAGCUGCUCUCUGGAGAGACCUCUGGGAACGACGAAGACUCUGAGUACAUGUCCCCUUCCUCUCUGCCCCUGGUGACACCUCUCUGUGUGGGACAAAAACCCGAUGCCAAGCUGCCUUUGGAAGUGAAUCCUGGUUCACGCGUCUUGGAGGGCGAGCAGGAAAUGGAGGGAACGACUUACGAAGCAAUGUUCAACAUUCAGUCCCAGGCGGCGCCAUGUUCCUCUGAAGCUGCCAGUGUGUCUGAUGCGGGGGAUGUGGCAGCUGAGGAAGACGUCCCCAACGGACCCCAGGAGUCAGAGAACGAGGAAGAGGGCUACGAUGUUCCCCGCUUGUCCGCCCAGCCAGUCACCACUCGUCGCACCCUGUCUGAUAUUUCCAAUGCAGCCACUUCCUUCAGCCGGGCCUCUCUGGAUGGCGAACUUCUUUCAGAUGCCUCGGACACCUCCCAGGUUCCCGAGAGGCCCCCGAAACCUUUGCCUCGGAGAAUAAACUCUGAACGGAAGGCGGGCAGCUGCCUGCAGGCCAGCGGAGCAGGAGCGGUCCCUGUGGCCUCCCCGCAGCUCUCCUCUGAGAUCGAGAACCUCAUGAGCCAAGGUUACGCCUACCAGGACAUCCAGAAAGCCCUGCUCAUCGCCCACAACAACAUUGACAUGGCCAAGAAUAUUCUCCGGGAGUUUGUCUCCAUUUCUUCCCCCACGCACGUGGCCACAUAGCACCUCUCUCUCUCUCGGCCCUACCUGGAGCCCCGUGCGUUCGUCCACCUGCCCGGGCAGCCUCUUGCCCACAUCGGCCUGGAGUUAAGUAGAGGCUGCUGGAGGGAUUUCCCCUGCAAAGCCGGGCCUGCCUCUGCCGAGAUUCGGUCUCAUCAGGGUUUUGUGCGAAGUCCAGGUGUUUUUUCGAGUGGCGUGAAACGGAGCAGAUAGGUGUGCGUCUUCAACAGUCUUCAUGUACCUCUUUGGGUUCUCCUCUCCUCUCUUCGCCCGCCCAUCCGACACCGCUCCUCCUCUCCCUCCCCCCCCCCUUGCACUUUUCUGAUUGGAGAGAACAGACCUGCUAAACUUUGGAUAUACCGUUAGAAUACGGGGAAGGGUUUGGUCAACUUGUCUCGUGCUGUGAAUAUCCAACCGGAGGCCCAGAUGGUGAAGGUAUCUCUCCACACACACACCCCAUCCCUGGUGGUAUGGGAUACUACUACACGCAGGCCUCCUUGCUGCUGUAUGUCUUGGCUCAGGCUUUUCAAACCCUCUGCUGUCGGGUGCGGGUUCUUGAUGAAGCCGGAGGAUUUGACGCGCCUUCCUUCCGCUCCCCCCCGCCCGCCGUCCCCUUCUCUUUCCCUUCCUCCCGUCACGUUGGGUGCUCCUUCAGAAGCCAUCCUCUUCCCGGUGCCGGCUCCACCCGCCGCACACUGGAUUCCACAGCGUGGUAUAUCCGGACAGCUCUCCCGUCGGAUCGGGGAAGGCGUUUGGGCAGGUGGGAAAGGCUACCUCUGCAGCCUCCAACCUUUUCUGCGUCGAAGUUAUCCGGGCUGGGCUGGGCCACAGCGGCUGCCUCGUGAACGUCUCCAGAUGUUAUGGAUGGUCAACAGAGCUGCCCAUUUUAACCGCCUUACGACUUUUCCACAUCCCCCCCCUCCCCGUUUACCUGUAAAAACUCUAAUUAAAAGUUAACCGCAAGCAUGGUCCCUUAGACACUUAAAAAAAAAAGGGUGUAUGUAGCAUCUCCUGGAACCUCUUACCUGCCGAGUAGUAAAAAGGCAACAAUUUUGGGGUCUGCGGAACAGCAUAAAAGACACAACUCUUUUUUUCCUGGCCUGUUAAUAUCAGGAACAAAAGAAAGUGUGUGUGUGUGUGUGUGUGUGUGUUGGAAGGCCGUUGUCCAUAACGCACUGACUUUGUGACUCCCUGGCUUAAGCGUUUGGUUGUUACUUUUCCUGGGUACUCAGGGAAGAGAUACGAUGAAGCUGUUUUUGGUUUUCUGGGGAAAAGUCAGCAAGAAUCUCUCUCUCCGUCCCCCCCCCCCCCCCUUCCCCUUUUCCGCUUUCCUCACCUGCUUCCCUCGUUUGCUGCGCCGCCUGCGGGGCGAGAGAGCAUGUACCCCGGCAUGAAAACGGGCAUCUCGCGGUCCCCCCCGUGCAUGAUUGGGUUCCGUGUUUUAAACAGCAUUAAUUCCUCCUCGCCAAUCGAGGAGGCUUUCAUUCUUAAGAGGCUGGAGGAGGAGGGGGUUUCCUGUGGAAUAAAUGUUUUCUACUCGGGAGAUGGGCAAGACCUCAUGGGGGUCCCCAAGCCCCCCCUCCCCCUUGGGAGUAGGUGCGGCCGGCCAGUCCGAUCUCUCUGCCUGCAGGUGACUCCAGAUACAAUGGUGGAGCUUAAAGGACUCUGCGACCUAGAAGCAGGGGGAUUCUACCUUUAAAGUUGCAAUGGCUUUGCUUCCCCCCCCCCCAGCUUAAAAAAAUUGUUGGAACCCUUUUAUGUUUCUCUCCAAGACGCUGGUUAAAAUCUGGGUCAGUUCAGGAGUCACUUUGUCAAGUUCUUCGCAAAACCGAAGCAGCUUUUUGGUGUGAUCCGGGGGGGGGGGGGGGGAUUGCGUUGACGCUCUCCUUGCGUGGAAGUGAGAUCUUUCGUGUUCUCACCCCACGUCCCAACAAGGAGGGGCAUCUGUUUUCCAUGGGUGCCAUGCCGUGGAUUAGACAAGAGCAGAGCCAGCACCACCACCACCACGCUGCGUAGCCGACCAGAUUCCUCUCUGCAGGCGUCCCUUCAUGUUCCUUUUCCCGUCUUAAAUUUCACAAGGGGGGGGGGGUGUUUCUUUAGAAACCGCACGAAUGUCACAGCCCAGCAAGCAGGAGGACCAAAAAUGCUUCUUGCGGUCCUGUCCCCUGCUGCGUUCACAUUUGACUUUCAUCCACCCCACCUCCCUCCUCCUCCCUCCAUCUCUUAAUUUUUUUUUUGGGGGGGGGGGGGGAAGCGCAAUUUAUUUUACAGAAAGCCAAAUGUAUAGUGCCUUUUCAGUAGGGAAAAUGCUGUUCUUUCCAAGGAUGAAUCUGAAAGCAGAUUUGAGAUGACUGCAGAGUCCCGGAGCUCCUCCUUGGUGUAUCGUAGCAUGGAAGGAAGGAGCGAGCGAGCGGUUGGCCAUUAGAUAGCAUGAGCAUCAGUCACAACUAGCUCUCUUCUCAUAAGCUUCUUCAUUACUAACAACGAAAAGCCGGGGUUUCCUGCCCCCCAGGCUGCACCUGAAGGCCACGGAGCGUUGCCGGACAACUUUUUAACGUAGCUGUGGGGACCUUCAACUCUUCCAUCCAUUGGCUUCCUUCGUGAAACAGUCUCUUUAUCGGGCCCGGAAGCAAAAUCCAGUAGACCUCCUCCCAGGUGUAUCUGGAGCCAGGAGCGUCCCAACUUCGGUAACUUGAAAGACUUGUGGACUUCACAAUUCCCAGAAUUGAAUUCUCUAGCUGGCUGGGGGGCGUUGGGAUUCUGGAAAUUGGAAGUCCACAAGACAUCCCAAGUUGCCAAGGUUGGACAUCCUUGGGCCAGAGCCUGCCUGCCUCGGGCCAGUUUUGGGGGAGGGGGGCAUUUUGUUGCCUUUGGUCAACCAAAGCGGGCAGGGAUGGUGUACUAGCAUUGCCUCUUGAGCACUGUGCUUGGACGUUUCCAUUCAUUUCGUGUGUGUGUGUGUGUCUGGACAAGGAGUUUCCUGUGGAUUAAAUGUUCAGUGCCUGUUCGGUUCACAGUGGAUCUCUUUCCUUUAGAAGUGUCGCCUCCCUGCGUUGAAAACAUGCAGUUGCAUUGAGGGAAAUUAUCUGUAGCGGGCAGCAAACUUUGGAAUGAAUCACGGGUGACAUUGGAUGGCAUUCCCGCCCAAUGUUCAAACGUUCCCGCGUUUUAGGACUAAAAACUGCAAUCCGGGGAGAGGUUACACUAAAUUAUAAGUUAUCUUCGUUGGGUAGGAAAGAGUGGGGUUAAAAUAAUAAGUAGCUUUAUUUCUCCUGAAGGUUGAGAACCAAUGUAAUAUUGGUGUUAAAAAAAAAUCAGAUUUUCACUGACUAUUUUAAAAAAAGUUAUAAUAUCAUUAAUAUAAAAAAAAAAUAUUAGCAGUAUUUAAUCCUUUCAGACAUGUAAAGAGUAAGAACAGAAGGUAAAUAUUCUUACAGAAUAGCCAAGCUUUAAGAUUCAUUUAGGCUAUAAAGGCCUCGGUUUUUUGUUUUUUGUUUCGCAGAUGCAUUGUUAAUGUUUUAGAGGUUAUACUAAUUGUUAUUUAUUUUUUAUUUUUCAUUCUGGUAAGGGGCCGACUCAAGAGCUUGGUGGGGGCGGGGAGGGGGCCUUUAGGGAAUUUCAACGAGUGUCGAUUUAAAAAAAAAAGAAACAAAAGGAAAAGUUUUAUUUUUAAAUAAAUUUCUUUGUUGUA